UUUCAAACCAAGCCGGUCCAACAAACGGGUAGCUGUUCGCUGUCCGUCCACUCGGUUGGCGGGGCCCGUCUGCCGCGGUACCGCAGCGUCAGGGACGGACUUAGUCCAUUACAGGGUCAGCAGUACAUGCACGUAGCUGUAGCAAAGGAACAAUCGACGGAUCUCGGGAACGUCCUUAAUUGUCUUCAUCGUUGAUUCCAGCUUCCAUUCCUGAAAUUCUUCAUCUCGAAUUUCCUUUAUUUAUCCCCUGAAGAUACCUAGGUAUUUGUGGGUCUCCGGACGUCGAUAUAAUGAGUCAAGCCAUGGAGAACUUCGAUACAAUUGUGGUUGGUGCUGGAUGGUACGGCCUCAUGGCCGCUCGCACAUACCUAGAGCUAGCUCCCGAGACCAACCUCCUCAUCGUCGAUGACAGCGGCACAGUUGGUGGGGUUUGGUCCAAGGAGCGGAUCUACCCCAGUCUUUUUGCCCAGAUUAGCCAUCCACUGUUUGAGUACUCGUUCUACCCAAUGUCCAAAGACGACAUGUCACCGGACGGCUUCGUUUCUGGGAAGACGAUUCACAACUACCUUGACAGCUUUGCUAGAGAUCACAACCUGCUGCCUCGCCUGCGUCUCAAGACUCGCGUAGAACGAGUCAGGAGAGGGCCGUCCGACUCGGGCGGAUGGAUUCUCGACAUCAAAGAGGGGAACCCUCUCUCAUGCGACAAACUCAUCUACGCCACAGGAGCCAAUUCCAGCCCCAUCAUUCCGACCUGGCCCAAUGAAAAUUUCGAAAGACCUGUCAUUCACUCGCUGGAUCUUGGAAGGCAGCAGGAUUACAUCGCCAGGGACGUUCAAACAGCCACAGUCGUCGGCCGGUCCAAGUCAUCGUACGAUGCUGUCUAUCAUCUGUUGUGCGAGGGAAAGAAAGUUAACUGGGUCAUGCGUAAUGGGCUAUCCGGUCCAUUCAGUCUCUAUGCCCCGACGUUCAUGGGCCUGUGGAAUAUUGCCGACCACAUCUCGACUCGUUUCGCCUCGAGCUUCAGUCCGUGCAUCAUGGCUACGUCAGGGUUCUGUUACGACUUCUUCCAGCGUAAUGCGGUAGGGCAAAUGUUGACAAAUGUAUAUUGGCGAACGGCUAAUUACCUCUCCGUAUCGCAUGCAGAGUACUGGAGAACCCCUAAUGCUGAGAAGCUGCGACCGAGGCCAUACAGCGAUGGUGUAUGCUGGGGAAGUGGUGGUAUUGGCAUCGCCACCGCUCCUGACUUUUGGAAAGUCUUCCACCGUGGUAACAUCACCAUCUAUGAGACCGAGAUAGAGUCCCUCUCCCACAGAGAUGUUGUGAACCUGAAAAACGGGUACUCGGUGGCGACUGACAUUGUAAUUCACUGUACCGGCUUCGACAAGGGGUACAGCACAUUUGAUCCAGAGCUGCGGGAGGAGCUUGGCCUACAGUAUGGCACUAAGGGCUUUUCGCUGUGGAGCUUACUCGACGCGAAAGCCGAUAAGACAGUCGACGAGCUUUUACCGUAUCUCAGAACUGCUCCGAAGCAAUACGGUGAUGCCGAUGCCAGUAGGAGUGCAGAUCAGGGUCCAAACCGACACUUCCGCCGCCUUGUAGUGCCUGAGCUAGCGGCACGGGGUGAUCGGUCAAUUCUUUUCCCGGGACACAUCCAUUCAGCAUUUACACCACUUGCAGCAGAGCUUCAAGCGCUUUGGGGAGUCUCUUGGAUGCUUGGAUGGCGUGACCUUCCCCCCAGAGAAGAGAUGGAGUUUGAAGCCGCGACUUUCAACGCCUGGACAAGGAAGAGAUACCUCGAGCAGGGCAAGAAGCAUUCGUACUUUAUAUACGACUAUAUUCCGUACAUAGACACGCUGAUGAAAGAUUUGGGACUCAACCCCUUCCGGAAGAGCAACGUCUUCGAAGAAUGGUUUGUCCGGUAUAAGCCAAGCGACUACAGUACUAUUCUUGAUGAAUAUCGUAACAUACGACAUCUUCAGUUAAAAUACGAGCCUAUGAAUGGGCACGCGCAGGGGCUGGAAGAUGUUGCGGAGAAAAUGAAUGGUCAUGCUGUUGAAAAAACCCCAAUCUAAGCCCAGGUACAAGUAUUUACAUAGUGAAUCCUUCACGGCACG